AUGACCGUUAUAUAAAGCCGCCAUCCUCAGGGUGAAGCGUCGGUUCCGGACCGGCUGCUCUCUGUUAGACCUGAUUGGGUCCAAUCAGCCGGUUCUGCUCCAGCUGCUGAAUCAACAGCCUGCAGGCCUCACUUCCCUCCUCUUCAUCAGGGAGGAAGAGCGUCUGAAGCGGGUCCAAGCAUGACGUUCCAGCUGAAAACCAGAGGCCGGUUCUGUGGCCUGCACUGCUCUGUGGGUCUGACCGACUGGGACAUGGACAAAGAGCUCAAACUGGCAACAACCACCGACCAAAACUGCAACGAAGAUAAAGUGAAUGAUCAGCAUGUGGCCCAGAGACCCUCAGCCAGAGCCUGCAGGAGAAAAGACGAGUUCGUUUGGUACGAUAAGACGUCAGACACAUUUGUGAAGCCAAACCUGUGGCUGCUGGUGAAUCCCAACAUYGCCUGUCCGGUCCAGUAUGUGCAGACGGACGCUGACCUCCAGCCUGACCCGGGUCAUGCUAACCAGCUGCUGCAGCUGGARCCCGGGGACAUGGAGGGUCCAUCCACAUCCGAUCCCCUAACAUGUCCACAUCGGGAGGAACUGCUGCUUCCUGCUUCCUCCACAGCCAAACACACGAUAAAGACGGAAGACGGUUCCAGCAAACCAGUCCRGACCAGGCGGAAGGGGAAGAUCACAAAAGUUGUGGACCUGAAGUCCCUGAAGCCGGGCUGCUGGCCUCGGCCGCCGGUGAAUUACUGCGUCCUCGUCGCUCUGGCACUGAAGAGCAGCCAGACGGGGAGCCUGAAAGUCCAGCAGAUUUACAACUUCACCAGAGAACACUUCCCCUUCUUCCAGACGGCUCCGGACGGCUGGAAGAACACGAUCCGCCACAACCUGUGCUUCAGCAGCAGCUUCCGUAAAACCUGCAACCAGCUCUGCAAAGAGGGGAAGAGGAAGUCGUGCUUCUGGCACCUGACGCUGGACGGCCACCGCCGGCUGCAGGACGAGCUCCACACGCUGACCGGAGAAACCCUGAAGAUGCUGGAGAGGAGCAUGUCCAACCCAGAUGUAAUAUGGCGUUUACUUGAAACGUGAUUCCUGCAGGUUUCAAUGCACUUAAAAUGAUGCAUAAUAAAAUAUGCACGUCAUUCA